AUGAAUGAAAUUCAUAAAGGGUAAUCAAAUGAGGUUCCCCAAUUAAAAUAUAUCAGUUAUGAAGACAAAUUGGAAUUCUAUAGAAAUGUGAGAUAAUGGCAUAAUAAAUUUGUUUAUUAGUAAUUUGAUCUGAGUGGUUUGAAAGGCAUUCACUUGGAUAAAAAUGAAAAAUUCAACGUAUUGAAAGAGUAAUUGACAUCCUUUAAUAAAUAAUUAUAAUAAGCAGAAGUUAGCAAAAUUACUCCUUAGAAUUUUCCUUCUCGUUAUAAUUUUCAUUCUCAGAUUUUAUAAUUGUUAAGAGAAGCUUUGCUAUCUACAAACAAAGAAUAAUAGGAAGAAUUUAUAUUAAAGAUAUAUGAAUGGAAUAAUCAAGAAUAAUAAAGAUCCUUAAAGAGUCGCUGUAAACAUACUCAAUCAGUUGAUUUUAAAUAUGAAAGUUCUAAUUUUGAUGGUACAACCAAUGAUGAAACAAAAAGACAUUUCCUAGAUUUUAGUGAAUAAAAGUAAUUGCCUAGCUAAAUUAUACAAGAAAAUAUUAGGGAUUUUAAAUAACAGCAAAGAACCAUUCAUAAAGAAAUUGAUCCCCCCGAUGUUAGAUUAUAAUCAUACUCAAGAAAAACAUUGAUUCAAUAAUAAUUGUAGAUUUCACAAUUAAAACAAGAGUCUUAAUCAUCCUUUUUUCCUACGUAAAACAAUGUCAAUAGAUUUUCAAUUUAUGACGAAUAAUAACAAUAGGAGAAAGAUACAGAAAAUGAAGAAAAUAGAAUGCCCAUAGAACCAAUCAAAGCAUUUCUAAAAGAUGAUUAAGAUAUGAGUAUAUAAAGACAAUAAAGCAAAUCUUUUGAAAUUCGUUAAAUGUAUUAAUAAUAUUAACCAUCCAACUCAGAAAUUGAAGCAUCAUUAUAAUAAAGGUGGAUUACCAAUAGAUAAAAAGAAUAUAAAAACUAGAAAGAAGAUUAAGAAUUAGUAAAUUCUAUGUUAAAAUGGUCAAAAAAUAAAUCAAGAAUUUAGAAGGAAGUGGAUAGAAGACAAGAUUCCUCCUAAUUUGGAAGUAGAUAUUAAUAAUUGGAUUACAUUCCAGAUUCUCCUUUAUAAACAAAAAAGUAAUAUUAUAUCGGAUAUGAUCCAAAAGUUAUUAAUUUAAAGUAACUUCCAAUUAUUGUGAAUACUUCUAAAAAUAAUUCAGUUAGAACUAUGAUUGAAAUGGAGGAAUCAGUCUCAAAAUAAAAAAUUGAAAUCACAAAAAAGAAAUAUACAAGUUUAUUAAAUUUAUCAAAUAUUGAUAUUACUCCUAUGAAAGCAUAAUAAUCAUUGUCUGUUUAUGGUAUAAGCGAUUAAAAAAACAGAUCAAUCUCGUAAAAGAAUAAAAUUGCAAGUGUAAUUGAUGCAUUUAGUCCUGAGAAGGUUUCUGAAGAACAAUUAAAGGAAGUAUAUGAAAUUAAAAAUAGAAUGGCCAAACAUAAGAUAGUUGUGCCUCUUAAGAAAAUAAUGACAGGUUUAAUAGCCCCUACAGUUGAUAAAAAUAAUCUGUAAGAUAAAAUCCCAGAUAUUGGAUCAAUGAUUAUGAGCAAUCCUUUUGAGGUAGCAAAGAAAACUAAAAAGAAGAAAAAGAAGAAGAAGGAAUGA